AUGUCAAUAGGUGAUGUUUCCUCUCAGAAGCCUUCUGGGAGAACCGAAAUUCAGGUGCCAGACAACGGCCCGGUCCCGCUUUCAUUCCCUGCAAUUCUGCGCAACCCAAAGCUCGCAGACCGUUAUGCCCAUCUUCGUGAGCGCCCUGCAGUUGCGCCUCACAAUAACUCGAUAUCUAAAGCGCGCCGGGAUGAGCAUGAGGGGAAGCGUUGGAUACGCAGGAGGGAAAACGCUAAGUUUGUGCACAACCCUCAUAUCACGCCGCCCUCGCGCGGUGAUCAUGCGGUGCCAGUUCCCUCGAAGCUCUCCACCUUUCCCAUUCCGUUACCGCCUUACCUUCCCCGAUCGUCCGUGCUGCCUCCUAGUGUCCCUGGUUCUCGUGACCCUGCGAGUGCCGCUGCUGGGUUGUUUUCGCUCUCACUGAAGGGUGCCCGGCGAGCGUUGAGAGCCAGACCAGGUGCCCGAAAUAUAGUAGGCGCGAUUGAGGAGCAUUUAUGCACCUGGCUUGAGGGAGGGGCGUACCCGGGUGAAGAAGAGGGUAUGGUUUUCCCGGGGGAGAAAGUAGGAGGGAGAGAAGAUGUGCUAGAGGUGAGCAGGCGGGCCGUCGCUCUCGUGUGGGUUGUUGGGAAGGAUGGUGUGGACGGUGCGUUUGAGAGGUAUGUGGUGCAUUGUCUGGCUCGGUGGUAUGGGAUUGUUAGUUUCAGCAAAGAGCUCGACGGCCAACGGUUAACGUAUCUUCUGCGCCCUCAAAUCACGCAAGCCGCCGGCUCGACACUCGACACGCCCCCUGUGACAGAUGCUUCCCAAGUUGAUACCGAAUCAGAUUUCUUGUCUGACAUUCACACAUCUGACUUAGAGUCAGACUUUGUGUCAGACAUAGAACAUGAAGAACCUGUCGGAGCGCUCCCAGCAAUUUCAGAGGCACCCACGGCAUGGUCUGUGAUCGGUGGGUCAGACCUGGAGUUUGACGAAGGGUUCGCAGCAUCUGUAGAGUCGCUGUCCCUGGACGCGGAAGCUAAUGAUUUGGAAGGGACUCCGCGCGCAGCUAGCGUACGAGGCAGCGGUGGUGUAUACGUACGGAAUACGCGUGCCCGAUUUAGUGCGUGGAAUGAGCCUCGAAGCGGGUCGUCACCAUCGAGGUCCCCGGCGAGGAAACUACCGCCUGUGAGAAGGGCAGUGAAGCAACAGGCCGAGAAGAAAGCGAAGAAGGCGGGGAAGGGGUCAUUUUAUGAUUAUUUAUUUGCAUGA